CCCCAUCUUUGUCCCCUAACCACCUAAUUAAACAACAUAAUAAAACGAAGGACCAUUGACCACUUAACCACCCUAUAUUCUCCCAUAAUAACCACCCUAUACACACCUUAAUAUCCCCUCUGACCGAAAGUAAUCUCCCCAAAUGAUCAGCCACAACACACCAAAUAACCCAACCAUUCUCACUACCCAUUGUUCCCAAACCUGGCCAAAUGAAGUCCCUCCCCAACCACUAAAUAUUCACAUCAAUAUAGAGCCAAAUCAAGUCCCAAAUCAGUCACCGUUUGCCCCCUAAUAUGGCCAAACCAGCCCAGCCUAGAAACACAGCCCACAUCCCUUAAUAUUUCCCCAUCAAAAACCACAAACUAAUGUCACCCAACACCCCCACAAAAUCCCUGAUUCAUCCCCCAUGAAAGGACUCCAUAUUUGAUUAUUAUUGUCAAAGAUUUGUUAAGGAAAGAACUUGGUAGUUUCCCCUUUCUUGCUUGCUUAUUUAUAUCGGCCAUUGGCCAUUGUUGUAACUCACUUUUGAAUCUGAAAUUUCCAUCAGUAAUACACUUAUGUGUUUGCUAUUUUAAACCCCUAAUUCUAUAUCUUAAGGGUGGUUACCUUAAGUGUGAGUUUUAGGUUCUAGUUAUUUAAAUAAGUGUGUUAUAUCUUAUUUGAAUACUAGAUUCAACCCCAAGUUAGGAGAAGAGUGUGUAAUAUCUCUUAACACCAACUUGGUUUAUCCAACACUUAUUUCUAGCCAUUUCUAAUCCCACCAUUUCUCUCCUGAUCAUCCUUUCUUUUCUCAUAUUAAAAACCAUUACAAAGAACUCUUUCACACUCCAUUCAUUUCGCCUCUUGCUUGCCUUCAACAUAUUAUCACAUUUCCUCUCCAAAAAAACCACAACUCUGUUAAGACCCCUAGUUCGAGAUAUAUCAUAAACAAAAUGAGUUUUGAAAACUUUUGAAUUUGAUUUAUUGAGUUUGAACAAUUUCUUGUAUUCCCCUAACAUUCACUUCCGAAUUUCUUCUCUAUUAUCCUUCGUAUUUUCUUUCCCUAAAGAAGAUAAAGACUUCUUUGCACCAUGUUUAUCAAUAGGUUCCCAUUAGAACAAGUUCAGCACCACCGAACGUGGAUGAGCAGAAUCGCAAUCAGGUUUUUCUUGACUCUGUGAAAGUCAUGCCUGCAUUGCCAAAUCCAUCCGCAUCUAGUCACCCACCUGAGAAGAACGCAGAAAAGGUCGAACAGUCUAAUAACACUGAGGGCUUGGGUUCAGGUUCAGUUCAAUCCAGGUCCAAGAGAGAUGUGCCUGUUUCUUCUCCACCGACGCAAAUGCACAAACCUUAUCCUCAUCCUAUGACUGAAAUUCCUAGGCCCAUUCAAUUCCACACUGCUCAGCCACAGGUUCCUGUUCAAUAUGGGGGCCAUGCCCAAAGUCAGCCCCAUACCUUGUCUGCCUCAUCUUUGCCCAUUCAAAUGACGGUUCCUCUGCUUGUAAAUCCAUCUUUACAGCAGCCAAUGUUUGUCACUGGUCUUCCAUCCCAUCAUCCCAUGCAACCUCAAGGAAUCUGGCAACAUGGACAAGGUUUAGGUUUUUCUACUUCUGGAAUAAAUCCGCACAUGCCCCCACAGUUGGGAAACAUGGGAAUGGCUAUUCCUUCACAGUUUCCUCAACAUCAGACUGCAAUGUAUGGAAGUCUUCGUAAAACUGUAAAGAUAAUUGACCCAAAAACUCAUGAAGAGUUAAGGCUUGAUGGAUCACAUCCCAGUAUACCACUCCAAUCACAGCCACUACCAUUCCAACCAGCCUCUAUUCACUAUUAUCCUAAUUCGUAUAAUAAUGGUUCGGUAAUUUUUCAAGCUCCAAACAAUUCACAGAUUUCUCAGGGAACAAGGCCUCAUAAUCAGGUUACAAUAAAACCGGGACCUGGCACCGUAGCGGAAAAGGACCAGGUGCCAGUAAAACAAUCUAUUAGGGGAAGAGAUGAGUUACCCUUGACAAGUAUAUCCGCAGGAAAAGAUUUUCAGAAACAUUCAGAGUCACAUGAAGGUGGGGGCAGUGCUGAGGAGUCAGUCCUUGAUGUCAUCAAAGAGCAGCAGAAAAAACAAGAUAAUAAAGGACCUCUGGCUGUGCAGGAUCAGGUGGCAGAACUGCCUACUUCUGUUUCUGUUUCAGCUUCUCAUUCUGUUGAUGAUGUUAAGAUAAGGGAUUGUACUCUUAAUGAUAUUGAUUCUAAAGCUAAUGAUGUUGAAAAAGAGAGCUCUUCUGAAUCUCAUGAUAUCAAGAGUGAAGAUGACAUAAGUACAGUGGCUGAAACAUUUAAUCAAUAUGACAAAGACGGAAAGUUGUGUAAUGCCAGUAUACACAGCACAAACAUUUCCAAGACUUAUCCAGCAUUCACUUGUUCAGAAUCUUCAGAGUUAACUAAUCAAACUGACGAGAGCUGUCUAGCGCAGGCUGCUAGUUCCAGCAAAACAGACGACAAUCAUGUAGAAACUGCUCAAGAAAAGGCCAAUGAAUGUGCUACAUGUUCCAGUGAGGCUGAUAGUUCUUUGUCUUCCAGUUUAAAUGCCAAUUCCAAUGGAGCAUUCUUGUCCAUAGGUUUAUCUACUCAAGAUCAGCAUUUAGUAACAUAUAGAUCUGAGGCUUCUUCUAAACCUAUAGAUGGAAACUCUGGCAAUAACCAUAAGGUUAUGGAUGAGAAGAAAGAAGACAUCAGACAUGUUGACAGUGUUGAGGGGGAAAAUAAUGAGGGUUUGAAUCCCUGCAGUGCAGAAGUGGUGCAAGAUGUUGUGUUAAUCAAAGAUGAUGCUCAUGUUAAAGCAGAGUCUGAUGAUAGGGAGGAUGCUGCCCGUGCUUCUAGGCGAAACCAGGGAACUUUCAAAAAGGAAAAUCAGGCCGUUUUGGAAUUCAAGAAGCAUGCUGAAGAUGGUGAUGAAAUGAGAGCAAAAAAGUAUUCAAGAGAUUUUUUACUUAAAUUUGCAGACAAAUGUAAAAACCUCCCUGAAGCUUUUGAGAUUGCUGCUGAUUUUUCCGAGGCAUUAAUGGUUUCUGAUUUGGGAGCUUCUGUUGAACAGUACCAUAGUCCUGGCAGGAAUAUUGAUAACAGACGGCCUGGAGGGUUUAGGAUAGAACAUCACACCAGUGGCAUGGGACGCGAAGAUAAGAGGAGUAAACUACCCGGACCUCUUAUGACUGGACGGGACACGCAAGGAGGGAAUUUUGGGGGUCAUAGAAGCAACUUUGCACCAACACCUCUUCAUUAUGGCGGGGGUUCCUACUUAGGGCCUGUUGGUGCUCAGGGAGGUGGUAUGCGACGAAAUGGUGUUGAUUCUGGCAGAUGGAUACAAGGGACUGCUUUCCAUAAGGGUCUUAUGCACUCUCCUCACACUCCAUCACAAGUGAUGCAUAAAGCUGAAAAGAAGUAUGAAGUUGGUAAGGUAACAGAUGAGGAGCAGGCGAAGCAAAGGCGAUUGAAAGCAAUUCUCAACAAGCUUACUCCUCAGAACUUUGAAAAGUUAUUCCAGCAAGUCAAAGAUGUCAAUAUUGACAAUGUGACUACACUUAGUGGUGUCAUUUCACAAAUUUUUGAUAAAGCUUUAAUGGAGCCCACUUUCUGCCAGAUGUAUGCCAACUUCUGUUUUCACCUUGCUGCUGAGCUUCCUGAAUUAACCAUAGACAGUGAAACAGUCACUUUCAAGAGAUUGCUUCUGAACAAGUGUCAGGAAGAAUUUGAGAGGGGUAAGCGAGAAGAAGCAGAGGCUAAUUUAAUUGACAGGGAAGGUGAGACAAAACUAUCAGAUGAGGAAAGAGAGGAGAAAAGAUUAAAAGCACGAAGAAGAAUGCUGGGCAACAUCAGACUGAUUGGGGAGUUGUACAAGAAGAAAAUGUUGACAGAGAGGAUAAUGCAUGAGUGCAUACAAAUUUUGCUUGGUGAGAGUGAGGGUCAGAACCUGGAUGAGGAAAAUAUCGAAGCUUUGUGUAAACUAAUGAGCACGAUAGGUGAGGUGAUAGAUCACGCAAAAGCCAAGGUUCACAUGGAUGCUUAUUUUGCCGGGAUGUCAAACUUGUCAAACAACAUGAAACUAUCUUCCCGGUUGAGGUUUAUGUUGAAAGAUGCAAUUGAUCUUAGGAAGAAUAAGUGGCAACAAAGGAGAAAAGUGGAUGGACCAAAAAAGAUUGAAGAAGUGCACAGAGAUGCAGCUCAAGAGAGGCUAACCCAAACUAGCAGGACUUCUUUUGGUAGAAGAAGCCAACAACUAGAGUAUUCACCUAGAGGUCCUAGCGUAUUGCCUUCUCCAAGCUCCCAGAUUGGUGGUUUCAGACCAAUAUCACCAAUGAGAAGGGAUUAUGGCAGCCAAGAUGCUCGUAUGGAUGAUAAAUAUACUUCCCAAAAUAGGCCACUAUCACUUCCUCUAACCCAGAAAGGAAUUGGAGAUCAUAUUACACUUGGGCCUCAAGGUGGCCUUGCGAAGGGGUUGACCUUUAGGGCAACUGUUUCAAAAAUAUCUUCUGCGAGUAUACAGAGUGCCGGAAACUCCAAUAGAGUUGCAUCUAGUGUCGAUGAAUUUGGUCCUACGCUUGAUCGAAUACCACGAGACUCUAGGGAGGAUGCCUUGCAGAGUGAUGUGCCAGAAAGGCUUUCCCGUCGUUAUGAUCAAACUGGUAAACAGGAUCAGAUUAUGCUUAAUGGAAAUAGAGAUCAAAGCCUUGAUACUUCUCUUCCCACGUCGCAUACAGUCCAAAAUGUUGUUCAAGAUAAAGCUGUGCCAGAAGAACGCUUGCAAGAGCUAUCAAUGUCUGCAAUUAAGGAAUUCUACAGUGCCAGAGAUGAGAAGGAGAUUGCUUUAUGCGUGAAGGAUUUGAAGACACCAAGCUUCCACCCUUCAAUGGUUUCUAUUUGGAUCACUGAUUCCUUUGAGAGGAAGGACAUGGAAAGAGACCUAUUAGAGAAACUUCUGGUCAAUCUAACAAAGUCUCAUGAUGUUAUCCUAACCCCAGACCAGCUGGUUCAUGGGUUUGAAUGUGUUCUUGCGACAUUGGAGGACGCAGUGAAUGAUGCCCCAAGAGCAGCAGAGUAUCUGGGCCGCAUCUUUGCCAGAUCGGUGCUGGAGAGCGUUGUCCCCAUGGACCGGAUCGGGAGGCUCCUAUUGCAAGGAGGGGAAGAGGAAGGGCGCCUGGUCGAAACUGGACUUGCCGCCGAUGUUCUUGGGACCACCUUGGAGACCAUAAGAUCCGACAAGGGCGAUUCUUCGCUGGACGAAUUGCUCAGAACCUCGAACCUCCUGCUACACGACUUUUGUCCCCCAGGUUCGAAAAAUAAAUCCAAAUUGGACAAAUUUAUCAUUCCAUAGGGCCACUAUAGUAUAGAGCUUAGAGUAUUCAUAUUUUGCUUUCAAGGAAAAUAAUAAUAUUAAUAAUAAUAAUAAUAGUAGUAGUAAUAAUAAUAAUAGUUCUGAAAGGUGUUUGCUGCAAUAGAUAGAUAUAUACCACUUGGAUGACAAAUAUUGUUAUUAUUUAUAUAUGGUGUAUUAUCUAACGAGCUUGAUCAUGGUGUGCUGUGACAUGCCUAAAUGUACGUACAUCAUCGGCUUCCUGGCCACG